CUUUACAAAGGUUAAUUUUGUGAUUUCGGACAACGUCCCUCUUAUCGUGGUGAAAGGCAUAAACUAACGGAUAAGACCGUUCCAGUUUUCCUCUGGGGACAAAAUCCACCGAUGUUUGUUGCGUCGGAAUGGCCACAGUUAACUCCUACGCGCACGUUAGUGCCUACCCUUUCCUUUCGUCGUCCUCUCCUCGCUCUUCCGCCCCCAACUUCACUGCUAAACCCAAGCGAUUCUCUGGAGUGAGGUGCGCAGUGUCUCCACCGAAAUGGCGGGAGAGCCGGCGACUGGUUUCAAUCUCUCUGCUUUUCUCUCACUUGCUCCUUGUACCCAACUAUGCCAUUGCGGGUAGCUUUUUGGAUAAAUACGUGAAAAGGAAAAAGCUUGAUCCACUUGAGGUCUAUGUGCCUGCUGUUAUAUUGACUCAGUUCCAGAUUAAAGACCUAGAGAAAACUCUGGAAGUUGAUAAACCAGAAUAUGCCAUCUGCAGAUUCCUACUACGUUCUGGUCCGGCUGCAUCUCUACGUAUAAAUAUUCGAGCUGUCGCACAAUAUGCUUCUGAUGCUGGCAAUGGUGAAAAUGCUUUCAAUGACGUUGAUCAAUGUCUCAGAGCCUUGGAAGAGCUGGAUUCCUUACUUCUACAGGCAUCACGAAACAACCCAGAAGCCUCAGUAAAAUCAAUGAAGGCAAAGAUUGGUACUGCCCUCGAUGCUCUGGACAGCCUCCUUCAAACAGUUCCUUCCGAUGUGUUAAAUCAAGGGAAGGAAAUUGCAGAUGCCUAUAGAGCCCCUGAGGAUGACGUCAAGCCUGAAGAAUUGGACCCAGAAAUUAAGCAACUGGAAUCACUUCUAUGAAUCCAUAUAUGCUCUGCUCUGUAAUCUGCGAGUAAACCGAUGUUCUCUGCUUGUAUCAUGGAUAAAAUUUCCGACCACAACAAUGUAAACGUCUGACAUGGACCCACAUCCCGUCCCAUCUGCUUCUUUUUUAUCCCCAUGCUUUUGUUAUGACUAAACGAAACCGAUAGAAGAUGACAAUCAUUUAAUGCAUAGUUCCCAGGCAAAAUUGGAUCAGAACCAAAAUAAAGACAGUUAAAGAUCA